GACUUUUCCCUCAAAGGCCAAGCCAGCACAGUACCAGUCUCCAGAGGUCCAGUGGCGGGCGGCCACCAACAACCAUCCAUCCAUCCAAGUGCCGAGAGCCUGCGAUACUGAGGUAUAUCAGCUGCGAGCUUCCCCUCCCCGCCGCCGCCACCGGCUCCCCUUCACCACUAUCCUGUAUGCUUCAAUUGUUGCUGUGCGUCCGUCGCCCGCCUCUCCGCUGUGCCAAACGACCCCUACGAGCCUUUCCCGUGCAGUACUCGCCGUCAUCGCCAUCCCCCGCCGCUGCCUCCUUCGCCUCCUCCUUCUCAGCAGCAGCAGCAACAGCCGCCCCCGCCGCCAACAUGACUGGCCCCGCGCACCUUGGCGGCCACGCGAAGAAGCACAAGGUCACCAUCGUGGGCUCCGGUAACUGGGGCUCGACCAUUUCCAAAAUCGUCGCCGAGAACACGCGAUUACACAAGGAUGUCUUCGAGGAGCAGGUCCAGAUGUGGGUGUAUGAGGAGGACGUAGCCAUCCCCUCCAGCUCAAAGCACUUCAAAGGCAACGACAAGCCGCAGAAGCUCACCUCCAUCAUCAACACGCACCACGAAAAUGUCAAGUACCUCCCCGGCAUCACCCUGCCCUCCAAUAUUGUCGCCAACCCCUCCCUCAUCGACGCCGUUCGCGACUCUACUAUUCUCGUCUUCAACCUGCCGCACCAGUUCAUCGGCAAGGUCUGCGACCAGAUUCGCGGCAAGAUCCUACCCUAUGCCCGCGGCAUCAGCUGCAUCAAGGGCGUCAACGUCUCCGACGACGGCGUCAGCCUGUUCAGCGAGUGGAUCGGCGACGGCCUCGACAUCUAUGUGGGCGCCCUGAGCGGCGCCAACAUCGCCAACGAGAUCGCCGCCGAGAAGUGGUCCGAGACCACCAUCGCCUACGACCCCCCAGCCAUGGACAGCCGCGCGCCUUCGCCCCGCUCCGGCAGCCCCCAGCCCCUCUUCACCGUCACCGAGGUCCCCGAUGCGUUUCACCGCGACGCCCGCGGCCGCAAGUCCAGGACCAAGCUGACGGGCGUACCCUCCGAGUACCCGCCGCUGGACCACGACUGCUUCCGCACCCUCUUCCACCGCCCUUAUUUCCACGUCCAGAUGGUCUCGGACGUGGCGGGCGUCUCCCUCGGUGGUGCGCUCAAGAACAUUGUGGCACUGGCGGCCGGCUUCGUCGACGGCCGCGGCUGGGGCGACAAUGCCAAGGCUGCCAUUAUGCGUAUCGGCCUCAUGGAGAUGGUGCGGUUCGGCAAAGAGUUUUUCGGCGAGACGGUGCAGAGCGCGACUUUCACCGAGUCGUCUGCCGGCGUGGCUGAUCUCAUCACCUCGUGCUCUGGCGGCCGCAACUUCCGCUGCGCGAAAAAGGCCGUCGAAAAGGGCAUCACGGUCGACCAGGUGGAGCAGCAGGACCUCAACGGUCAGAAGCUCCAAGGGACGACGACAGCAUAUGAGGUCAACAGCUUCCUCAAGGCACGGGGUCUGGAAAAGGACUACCCGCUCUUCACUGCCGUCAACGACAUUCUCAAGGGCACCAGAAAAGUUGACGACAUCCCCCAGCUGGUGGCUGCUGUCGACGACGAGUAGAGCGCGAGCGCAGGGCGAGCGAAGCGGAGACGAGAAUAAGUCGCAAGAUAUCCUGGGAUAUACACACACGAUCAGAGAUGGCGUUGGGCCUGCAGGGACUGCGGCACCAUAGAGGGCGGGUUAGGAAUGGACGGUGCAGAGCGGCGCGAUACUUGCAUAUAUUAUAUAGUCUUUUUUAUCACAAAAUUUAUGUACAUUGGUA